CAGUGACGACACGUGAUCUGGCGGCUCGUUGUAGUUUCGAAGCUCGGUGUAUCGGGCCGCGUUUCGAACGUUACUGUGGUGGAUAGAAGUGAAGGAUCAGGGUGUGCAUGUGUGUGGUUAUGUGGCGACGAGUGAUAUGACAGCGUGCGCCGCCAGACGGACUCCGGCCGUCUUCAUGAGGAUACUGGUGACAAGUCUGGCCCCGAGAUCAUGGUGGCUCCCAAUUCCGAGGCUCCUUCGAAUCCUCGGAUAGCAACUGUCGCAAACGAGACUCCCUCUGCCGCCGAGGCCCGCCACAGCGGCGACCUUUACAUUCGCACCAGCUGGGUGGAUGCGGCUCUAGCACUCUCCGAACUUGAAAAGGGUAACAUCGAGGGCGGGCGAUCAUCGCUGUGGAUUCGAGCGUGGUUGCAGGAGCAGCUGUUCGUGCUCGGGUGCUUUCUGCAGGGCGACGCGGGGAAGGUUCUGUUCGUCGCCGUUCUCGUGCUGUCCACCUUUUGCGUCGGCCUCAAGUCCGCGCAGAUACAUUCCAGAGUAGAUCAGCUUUGGGUUCAAGAGGGUGGCAGACUAGAAGAAGAACUCAAGUACACAGCAGAAGCGUUGGGAGAAGUUGAGUCCUCGACGCACCAGCUUAUAAUACAAACAGCCAAGGAUCCUGACGCAUCAGUGUUACACGCGGGCGCGCUGCUUGAACACCUAAAGGUGGUGCACGCAGCAACACGCGUCUCAGUGCGUAUGUUCGACAACGACUGGCAUCUGAAACAGCUCUGCUAUAGCCCCAGCAUUCCUGACUUCGAGGCUUACCACAUCGAGAAGAUCUUCGACGGCAUCAUACCUUGUGCCAUUAUAACUCCACUCGACUGCUUCUGGGAGGGCUCCAAAUUACUUGGACCCGAUCAACAAAUUUUUGCACCACCUGGUCUACAACACAAAUUAAGAUGGACACACUUAAAUCCACUAGAAGUUUUAGAAGAAGUAAGGAAUAUGAAGUUCCAAUUCCCCCUAAGCACAAUGGAAGCGUACAUGAAGAGAGCAGGCAUCACGUCCGCCUACAUGAAAAAGCCCUGCCUCGACCCCACCGACCCCGAGUGCCCAGACUCGGCACCCAACAAAAAAUCAGGACAAAUCCCGGACGUGCCAGCAGAACUCUCUCACGGGUGCUACGGUUUCGCUGCAGCAUACAUGCACUGGCCGGAACAGCUCAUUGUAGGGGGCGCCACUCGCAACGCCACCUCUGCUCUGCGAAGCGCACGCGCACUGCAGACCGUAGUCCAGCUAAUGGGCGAGCGGGAAAUGUACGAAUACUGGGCAGAUGAAUACCGCGUGCAUCACAUCAAUUGGAACCAGGAGAAGGCUGCCGCUAUAUUGGAUGCUUGGCAGAGGAAAUUUGCAGCUGAGGUACGGCGAAAAAUGGCGUCAAGUGACGACUCCGUGUCGUCAUCUUACAGCUUCUACCCAUUCUCCACGUCUACGCUCAAUGACAUCCUAGGCAAAUUCUCUGAACUCUCGCUCAAAAACAUCAUCUUAGGCUAUAUGUUUAUGCUAAUUUACGUAGCGCUGACGCUGAUGCAGUGGCGCGACCCCGUACGAUCGCAGGCCGGCGUGGGCAUCGCGGGAGUCCUCUUGCUCUCCAUUUCCGUAGCUGCCGGACUAGGCUUUUGUGCUUUGUUAGGCAUACCAUUCAACGCAUCAAGCACGCAAAUCGUUCCAUUCCUGGCCCUCGGUCUAGGAGUCCAAGACAUGUUCCUUCUCACUCACACGUACGUGGAGCAAGCGGGAGAUGUACCCAGGGAAGAACGCACUGGACUUGUGCUAAGGAAAAGCGGUCUCAGCGUGUUAUUGGCUUCUCUGUGCAAUGUUCUGGCGUUCUUGGCAGCUGCGCUCCUGCCAAUACCUGCUCUGAGGGUAUUUUGCCUUCAGGCUGCCAUUCUACUCCUAUUCAACCUCGGUUCAAUGCUACUAGUAUUUCCUGCGAUGAUCUCUUUGGACCUUCGACGACGAUCGGCAGCUAGAGCUGACCUCUUAUGUUGCUUGCUGCCAGAAAGCCCACUGCCUUCAAGAGCUAAGAAAAUUGCUGAUCGAUCGAAGACACGACCUGGGAAAACGGAUAAGAACUGGAAAGAUGCAACAAGACAGCCCUUGGACCCAGACGUAGCGGAAGUACAAGCGAAGAACAAGUCGUGUUGUCUCAGUUUAUCGCUCACAAAAUGGGCAAAGAAUACUUAUGCCCCUUUCAUUAUGCGUCCGUCUGUAAAAGUUACAUCGAUGCUGGCCCUAAUCGCUGUUAUAAUAGCGAGUAUUUGGGGAGCAACAAAAGUGAAAGACGGCCUGGAUCUUACGGACAUUGUUCCCGAAAAUACCGACGAAUACGAGUUCCUCUACCGACAAGAGAAAUACUUUGGCUUCUACAGCAUGUACGCUGUUACUAAAGGAGACUUCGAAUAUCCCACUAACCAGAAGUUACUUUACGAAUAUCACGAUCAAUUUGUACGAAUACCGAACAUAAUAAAAAACGAUAACGGAGGGCUCACGAAGUUCUGGCUGAGUUUAUUCCGCGAUUGGCUUCUCGAGUUGCAAGACGCUUUUGACAAAGAGAUCAAGAGUGGAUGCAUUACUCAAGAAUAUUGGUGCAAGAAUGCAAGUGACGAAGCCAUACUGGGUUACAAACUAAUGGUACAGACUGGACACGUGGACAAUCCAAUUGACAAAUCACUAGUAGACCCUAAAAAUGGACAUAGAUUGGUGAAAGAUGGUAUUAUAAACCCAAAAGCGUUCUACAAUUACUUGUCGGCUUGGGCGACGAAUGAUGCUUUGGCGUACGGGGCGUCGCAAGCAAAUCUGAAGCCUCAACCAAAGAGAUGGACCCACCUUCCAACUGACGUAGAUUUGAAAAUACCGAAAUCAUCACCUUUAACGUAUACACAACUCCCGUUCUAUCUAUCAGGUCUGAGUGACACGGAAAACAUAAAGAAUCUCAUAAUGCAAGUGCGGGAGUUGUGUCUGAAGUUCGAAGCGAAGGGAUUGUCUAAUUUCCCGUCUGGUAUUCCAUUCCUGUUUUGGGAGCAAUAUCUUUAUUUAAGGACGUCGCUGCUCUUAGCACUUACUUGUGCUUUGGCCGCAGCAUUUGUGGCUGUAAUGGUGCUCCUAUUAAACUUCUGGGCAGCAGUGCUAGUGACCUUCGCAUUAGCGACUCUGGUAUUGCAGUUGUUGGGAGUAAUGGCAAUUUUAGGAGUGAAGUUAUCAGCAGUUCCUGCUGUACUACUGGUCUUAGCCAUUGGUCGAGGCGUACAUUUCACUGUGCAUUUAUGUUUGGGUUUCGUAACGGCAAUCGGCUGCAGGCGUCGUCGAGCAAGCUUAGCGCUUGAAUCUGCGCUAGCUCCAGUAGUUCACGGUGCACUUGCUGCAGCGUUAGCAGCUUCCAUGCUAGCCGCUAGUGAAUUUGGCUUCGUGGCGAGACUGUUCCUGAGACUUCUCCUCGCAUUAGUUUUACUUGGACUCGUCGAUGGAUUGCUAUUCUUUCCUAUUGUAUUGGCUAUUUUGGGACCUGCUGCCGAGGUCCGGCCACUUGAAUAUCCAGAGCGUCUCUCAACGCCAUCUCCAAAGUCAUCUCCGAUUCAUACUCGAAAGUCGAGUUCGACAUCAAACAAUGACAAGUCAAGUCGGAACAACAAACCUCCGCCUCGUUCUUCAGCUCCAUCUCUCACGACCAUUACAGAAGAGCCAAGCUGGCAUAGCUCAGCGCCUUCUGUACAGUCGUCCAUGCAAUCUAUUGUAGUUCAACCAGAAGUGGUCGUCGAGACUACUACAUAUAAUGCAAGUGAUUCCACCUCAGGACGUUCUACUCCUACUUCGAAAUCUCCCCAUACAGGCGCUAUUACUACUAAGGUAACGGCCACAGCCAACAUAAAAGUGGAAGUGGUAACGCCAAGCGACAGAAAGUCCCGUCGGUCGUAUCAUUACUACGACCGGCGUAGAGACCGAGAUGACGACCGGGAUUGGGAUCGGGAUAGGGACAGAGACCGUGACCGAGACCGCGAAAGGGACCGCGACAGAGAAAGGUCCAGGGAAAGAGACCGUAGGGACCGCUAUAGAGAGGAAAGGGACCACCGAGCCUCGCCCAGAGAAAACGGCAGAGACUCAGGACACGAAAGCGAUUCCUCACGUCAUUGAAGUGUUAAAACGGACCCUAGUGAACAUACAACGAACUAUAAAUAAACCAGUGUAUAUUUUAUUAUUUACACGAUUUACAUACAAAAUGUAUGUGGUUUGCGAGAUUUCAUUGUGAAAAUACGUUAAUUGUGUAAAUGCGUAACAUUAUACGAAGAAACGACAUCUUUACCUAAAGUUACGGACUCAUAAUCUCUUAUAGUACGAGAGCGUAAAUGCGUUUUAAGGUACGCUUAUAAUCAAACCUUAAGACGGUAUUGCGAACUAUUUUUAAGUUAAUUGUUUCAUUAAAAUAUGGAUAAAAUAGUGGAGGCUACAAUCAUUCUGUACUGGGAGUGCUAAUUCUGAGGAGUUAUGUGUAGUAACGUUAUUGUACACAAUGUGGUGCAACAAGUGUUAAUCAUUCCAUAGAGGCAUUGAUACUUCUCUAUUGCUAAUAUUUCGGCACUUAGGUUAUUUUUAUAGAAUCAACUAAAC